CGUCAUCACCAUUCAUCAUCACUCAGUCCAGUCCAGUGCCACGCACGGACCGGUGCGGGCAGGCGGCACCCCGGCGGGGAUGGACACGGAGCGGAGCCUCGCGGUAUACCGGCGGUGGAUCGCCGGACAGGAGGCGGGCCUCGCCGAGCUGGAGGCCGCGUCGGCCAAUGCCGCCGCGGGCCGGGCCACCGACGCCGAGCUGCGCGCCGUGGUGGCGCGGUGCAUGCUCGGGUACCAGGACUACGUCGCCGGCCGGCGCGCGGCGUCGCCGGGCGACGGCACCGCCUUCGUCGCCCCGCCCUGGUGCACCGCCUUCGAGAGGUCCGUGCUCUGGCUCGGGGGGUGCCGCCCCUCGCUCUCCAUCCGCCUGUUCUACAACCUCUCCGGGGAGGGCCUGGAGGCGCAGGCCGAGGAGUUCGUCAACGGCCGCGGGCCCCUUCCCAGGGGGAGGAUGGGGAUCACGCCCGGGCAGCUGGUGCUCGUCAACGACCUCCACUGCCGGACGCUGCACCAGGAGCACGCCCUCUCGGGUCGCCUCGCCACCCUGCACGAGGAGGUCGCGGACAGCCCGCUCUUCCCCAUCGUGCGCCAGCGCGCCGCGGCGACGGCGGCGCAGCUGGCAGUUACCGGCUGCGACGGCGCCGUCGGGAGGCUCGGGGUGGCCGGGCCGGGGGGCGUGGACGCCGAGGUGGACGCGGCGCUGAGCAGCUACAGGGCUGGGCUGGCGCAGCUGGUGGCGGAGGGCGACGAGCUGCGGAUGGAGACGGUGCGGGCGUUGGCCACGGAGAUCCUGACGCCACGGCAGGCGGUGGAGAUGCUGGCGGCGGACAAGCAGCUGCACCUCGCCGUCCGCGACUGGAGCCGCCGCACGGAAGGCGCCGGCGCCCAGCAGCGGCUCAACACGGGCCGCGCACCGUGACGGCCAACAGCGCCACCGCCGCCGCCCGCCGGACCCCAUGACAGGCUCGCCUUCCCUCUCACCCUUGCUUGCUGCCCUUCUUUCAGCAUCCCCGCGUGUGUGUGUGUAUACCCGGAAAUAACCACCUCUAGUACCGCCUGUCUUCUUUUAUAGCUAGCUAGUAGUACAUAUCAUCCUCCAUUGAUCUGUACAAAGCUCUUGCAUGCUUGUGUGCUAUAAGAAGCUAUUGUCCAAUGUGUGUGGUAGGUACAAAGCUCUUGCAUGCACUGUGGCUCGU